CUACAUCACAUGCUAAAUCAACAACAUUUUGUUCAAGAUCCCCUAAAUACAUAUCAAUUGAUUUAAACAUGGCUUCAUUGCUAUUAGGUGCUGGUCCGGGUUCUAAUAUAACAACAUUUGGUGGGUUUACUCAACACCCUGGUUCAACAAUGGAAAGUAUUUUG